GCGAAAUCGAGGCAGUGUAAACAGUGCUUGAGGAACAUGAAAAGAUCGGAUGACAGUGAGAGGGAAAAGAGGAGAAAGAGACGUCGGCUGCUGCAGGAGUUGGGGGAGCAGCGGAUUCCCUUCCUCUCGCCCACUGACCCCGGCUUCCAACAGCUAUGGGACGCCAGCUAUUCGGGCCUGGCACUGCGGCAGGCUGGGGCGCUACCCGAGGGCCUCCACGAGCGCGUGCAGUCAGCGUUAACCACCUUGCGGCGCCGCGGCUGCCUCCUGAGGGACCUGGUACGUGUCCGGGACCGGGACGUGUUCACAGCCGUGUCCCGAGCUCUGGUGGGCCAGCCGGGAUGCACCUACCGCUACCUGGACACUCGCCUCUUCACCAUCCCCUGGCACUGCGAGGAAGACGAGGGGCAGACGCAGACCGGGGGUCCAGGCGAGAAGGCCUGCUGCGACCCGGACCUGAGGAGCGCCUGCAAGGCUCUAUGGGAGCUGAAUCAGUUCUUCUGCACGGACAUCCAGCAGUACAAGAACGCCCGCGGCCUCAAACGCAAACACAGUGAGUCUGAAAACAGCGGCAGCCAGGAGGUCUCCAAAGAGGAGAGCGGCAGCGAGAAAGCAGAGAAGGACCAAAUGCUGGAGGAAAAAGGUGAGCGGUUGGAGAAAGAGGAGCGAAAGGAAGGCGAAGAAGAUUCGGACAGCGGUCAGGGUUGCUCUCACUCCUCUCCUUCACAACCCUCACCUUCCAGCCCGGUCCACUUUAACAUCACACUCAUUAACUACAUGGACCCAACCAGUAUGACCCAGUUGAAGGAGGAGCCCUACUACGGUAUGGGCAAGAUGGCAGUGGGUUGGCAUCACGACGAAAACCUGGUGCCGCUCUCGCCCGUGGCUGUCUACAGCUACAGCUGUCCGGGAGAGACCAAAUCUGAAGUAGGUAAAGCUGCAGAGGAGAAAGAAGGGAAGACCUCAAAUGAAGGAAAAAAGGAGGAUGAAGAAGGAGCGAGCCGAGUGAAGGAGGAGGCAGGGGGGGAUGAAGGGACGAGUAAAGAAGAAGCAGAGAAAGAGAAGACAUGCUGGCGUGUGGGACUGAAGGUGGCCUGGGACAUCCACACACCUGGGCUGGCCCUCCCGCUGCAGUCUGGAGACUGCUAUUACAUGACAGAUGAUCUGAACAGGACACACCAGCAUUGUGUACUGGCAGGAGACACAGCGAGAUUCAGCUCAACCCACAGAGUCGCUCAGUGUUCAACAGGCACCUUGGAGUACAUUCAGAAACGCUGUUCUGAAGCUCUGGAGAACAUACACACAGACCCAGAGACUGGCACCAAGAGUCUUCGCUCUCUACUUCCUGCUACCCUACAGCACAUAGAAGACAUCCACAAUGAGGUGGAGUUUGAAUGGCUGAGGCAGUAUUGGUUCCAGGGCCGGCGCUAUGCUCGGUUCUGCAGCUGGUGGAGCAAACCCAUGGAGGGCCUGGAGACGGACUGGAAGGAGAUGGAGAGGAUGACUCAGCUGCUGCUGGCGGUGGUGGAGGAUGAGAACAGUGUUCAGGAGAACAGAAGAGACAUGGCGGAGACUCUGCUGAACGCUCUGACCGACAGACAACAACACAGACAGACCUGGAGGGACAGAUGCCAGUCAAGCCUGGCGCAGACUUUACCCCCCGAGGAGGCGCCGGUGGACCGACCGCACUGGAGCAGUGAUGACCCCGACAUGCCCUUGUCCUUUGACCUCUCUGACAUCAUCAGCCGUGUGGAGUCACUCCUCUGGAGGAUGUAAAGAUUUUGAAGAACAGAGAACGAGAGAAAGAGAAAAGCGACAGAGUAAAAGAAAAAAAGUGGAAGAAGGUACCACAGAGGACAUGAAGGCCGCAGGUGACGAAAGAGCAGCAGUGCUGACCUGGUCUAUUUCUCCCUCACCUGAGGACUCACACACACUCACACUCAUUCACACACUUAAACACACUUACACACACACACACACUCUAUUACUCACUCACUCAUCCACUCUCAAACACACACACACACAAACAAACACAGGCUAACCCACACUGCCCCAAACCCCCUGCCUCAGACUCCACCACCAAGGAUGGACAGAUGAAAAGAAGGAAGGAUGGAUGAAUAGAUGGAUGAAUAGAAGGAUGGACGAGACUAUUGUUCUUUUUUUUUUUUCAAUCUAUUUCGGCACUUCUUUCAACGCCCUACGAGUCUAUAGUGUUAUAAUGGAAUCUCGCAUUUAAACAUUUCAGCAGUAGCAUCCAGUAACUAGCAUCUGGCUGUGUGUGUGUGUGUCUGUUUUUCUUUCUUUCUUUCUUUUUUUCACUUUACCUUUUUCAUUUUUUAACGCCUCUUUUCCAUAAGAAGCCUCGUCUAACACACAUCACAUAUAUAGGCUAUACACAGCGCGCUUUAAAAUGCACUUCUUCCUCUACUUCCUGUUCUUCUACUGCCUCUUCUUAUUCGCUACCUGUCUGCUGGUCUUUUUGCGACAAAGCAACGGACUGUAUCCUAGCAACCUGGUUGAUAUGAGGUCACGGGGCGAGCCUUGUGAUGUCAUUAGGGGUCAUGGCGUGUGCUGUAGUCUAUAGUCCUGCGCGUCAGUCAGUAUUGUCUGUCAGUAUUGUGCUGUGUGUUUGCUCUUGUGCCUGGACGUUUGCCCUGUGAUUGUGUGAGCGGAAGUGUGUGUAAGCGGAAGUAUGUGUGUGUGUGUGUGCGUGCACACACACUCGAAAAAAUAAAGCAGCUUCAGUUGGUUCUUUAAGCCACACAAAGCUCAUUUCAUUAAUUUUUUUUAAAAUGCCAAAAAUUUACUAAUAUUAACAAAUUGCAAACCAAAAACUACAGUAUUACAUCACUUCCUGUGUGCUACCUUUGUAAUAGUCCCCAGAAAAUGUUCAAUAUUUUCAGCAAAUCUAGAAAAUGAUUUCCUACAGUGUGAACAGCCCCUUUAAUUGAUGUCACAGAUUAACCACUUUUUUCUUUUGAAGCAGCUUUAUUUUGACGUGUGUGUAUGUGUGUGUGUGUGUUUGUUUGUGUGGGUGUAUUUAGUGUGCUGUUUAGUGUCACCGAUUUUACCUCAGUGUGUAUGUGUGUGUGUGUGUGGGUGUGUGAGAACUGGAAGAUUUGUAUCUUUAUUGUUGGCCUAUGUUCAAGUUCGUUGAAGUGUGUGUGUGCGUGUGUGGGCGUGCACGUGUGUGUGUAUGUGCGUGUGCAUGUGUGUGUGUGUGCUUGUGCGUGUGUGUGUGCGCUUGCGUGGAAGCCUGUGUAUACUUAUAAGAACUGGAAGUUGUAAUUUUCUGAAUUUUUUUCUGAUUGCUGAUAUUCUGAUUGGACGUAGUUGAUAUUGUAUCUGUGCUUGUGUGUGUGUGUGUGUGUGUGUAAAUGUUUAACUGUGUGUGACUGAAAAUUAAAUGUUUGAUUGUGUGUGUGUGUAAAUGUUUAACUGUGUGUGACUGUAAAUGUUUGACUGUGUGUGACUGCAGUUGUGUGACCAAUUGUGUGACUGUAAAGGUUUGACUGUGCAUGACUGUUAAAGAUGACGGAAGUUGUGUGAGCAAUUGUGUAACUAAAAAGGUUUGCCUGUGUAUGAAGGUAAAUGUUUGAUUGUGUCUGUUUGUAAAGGUCUGACUGUUUCUGACUGUAAAUGUUUGACUGUUUCUGACUGUAAAUGUUAGACUGUGUGACUGUAAAGCUUUGACUGUGUGUGACUUUAAAGCUUUGACUGUGUGUGACUGUAAAGGUUUGACUGUGCAUGACUGAAGUUGUGUGAGCAUUUGUGUAACUGAAAAGGUUUGACUGUGUAUGUGUGAGGGAACUUGACUAUGAAUUUGAGAUUGUGUGACUGUGCCAAUGUGUGACUGUAAAUGUGUGCCUGUGGAAAUUUGACUGUGCGAUUGUGCAUUGAUCUGUGUGACAGCAUGUGUGUGUGAGUGUGUAGAAAUGUAGUACUGUGUGUGUGUGGGUGUGUGUCUGUCCUCUCCAGCUGAGUAGUGUUACUAGGCAGCUCAAACUGAACCUUUCACUUCCUGCUUUUGCUAAACUCCAACAGCUGAUUGGCUCCUAACGCCUCAGUAUAUGAACCCCCCCCCCCCCCCCCCAAACUAUCUCUGCCCUGCUGCCGGCUACGGAAGGAACACACAAUCAUCUCUAAACAACUGAAAUAACGAGGGAUGAAAUGCACUAAACCACAGAGAAUGGAGUGAAGGAUGGAGAUCCUGGAGGACUGAACCUCCCGUAGAGGAGUGAAGCACAAGGGAAAAAAGCACUAGAACAUCGAAAAACGAGUGAAGAAGGAAAAAAGGAUGAUUGUUGAAGCCAAGCAGCCUUCUUUUUGUUGACCUUUUUUUUCUAUGUCGUCAGUGUUACAGUAGAAGAUCUGUAUUAUGAUAUUCAAUUCAGAUGCUAAGAGAUGUGUUUUAUACUUUUGAGGUUUUAGAGAUGUCGAUGGUUGCCAAAUAUUGUGUUACCUUGCUGUGUAAAUGCUGUAUUGUUUGUAUCUAUUUUUAUUUUUAACAGUGUUUAUUUUAUUUCUCUCUUUCUCUCUCUGCGUUGUUCUUUCUUUGGCGCUCAAAGCCUAUUGCGUUUCUGAAAGCAUUGUGUGUGCAAAGCACUAGCUAUGAUAGAAAAUAAAAGAAGAUGCUGUUUUAUCUUUGA